AGAAAGGUUAGCGAUGAGAUCAGGCAGAGGAAGCGGGAAAAAAAGCUUCAGGGCGAAUUGAUUGUCCAAGAAUCAUCCCCAGCAAUUAACACCAGUUGUAUAACAGACCUCUCUACAACUAGCACUGGACUUGUAACUCUCCCAGAACAGGUAGUUGAAGAAUCGAUUUCAAAGGAAUCAUCUGCAGAGUCAGCGAUAUCCUGUGAGUCUUUUGGAAACAAGCAGGACACUCCGCCAAAAAAAAUUUCCUAUAAUCAAAAAGUAGAACAAGAUUUAAUAUGCGAAUUACUUGAAUUUAUUAGAUGUCAUAAUUCCACGUCCUUACCGAAUUCUAUAUUUAGCAAACAUAUUCCAGAUGUUCAAGUCGAUGCCGAUCUAACUUCAGGUUCUAUACUCCAUUUAGCUCAUUUAUUUGACAAGGCUGAAAAGACUGGUCGGAAAGAAAAAUUACAAUGGUAUUACUAUAGUGAGAAAUAUGAAAAAAAGGUUGUAACCCUUAGCUCUGAAAAUAAUAUUAGCGAUCAAAUGGCAAAAACGCAGAUUUAUGAUAAAAUGGAGCUGUAUCUUCCCG